AAAUUACAAAAAUCUCUCAUCAAAUUCAGCCCUUUCAUAUCAUAUUUUAACCCAUGCGAGUCUUAUUUGGCAACCCACUUCUUCCUCUUUCCUUUUUUCCCCCUCUUUGACUUCCCAUUUUCUUCCAUUCCCUCUUCUCCUCAAUUUCUUAUAAAUUCAUUUCAUCUUCCCCUAAUCUUGCAUUCCAAGUUUCCAAGUUCAACAAGAAAAAACAAAUGCCUGAGAAAGAGAUUCACAAUGUUGUUAUACACCCUCGUCUUGUUGUUAGAAAGUUUCUGGCUAGGCCUCAGCAUGAAGGCUUGGGCGCCAUUGUUAGAAGGAGCAUUGGAAGGUUUGAGCUGAAAUACUUUGACCCUUUUCUGGUUUUGGAUGAAUUUUCAGUUACUGCCCCAGCUGGGUUCCCAGAUCAUCCACAUAGAGGAUUUGAGACUGUGACCUACAUGCUGCAGGGAAGUGUGACACAUGAAGAUUUUGAAGGUCACAAGGGAACAAUUGGUGCAGGCGACUUGCAAUGGAUGACUGCAGGCAGAGGAAUUGUACAUUCAGAAAUGCCUGCAGCCCAAGGUACCCAAAAGGGCCUCCAACUAUGGAUCAAUCUAUCUUCCAAGAACAAAAUGAUUGAGCCAAAUUACCAAGAAGUUUCAAGCAAGGGAAUUCCAGAAGCUUCAAAAGAUGGAGUGAGAGUGAAAGUCAUUGCUGGUGAGGCAUUGGGAGCAAAAUCACCAAUCUACACAAGAACUCCAACCAUGUACUUGGACUUCACUCUCAAGCCAAAAGCGUAUGUCCAACAGCCAAUCCCGUCGUCUUGGAAUGCAUUCGUGUACAUUCUUGAAGGCGAAGGUGUCUUCGGAAACUCAAAGGCAACAUCAACAACAGAGCAUAACCUUCUUCUUCUCGGGUACGGGGAUGGUUUAGAGGUCUGGAAUAAGUCGGGCAAGCCUCUUAGGUUCAUUUUGGUAGGAGGUGAACCAUUGAGUGAGCCUGUUGUGCAAUUUGGGCCAUUUGUGAUGAACACUCAAGAAGAAAUUGACCAAACAAUUGAUGAUUUUGAUAAUUAUAGCAAUGGGUUUGAGAAAGCAAGGCAUUGGAGAUCAGAAGCUGGGAUUUCUCUUGGGUUCUAACUUUUUAUUAUUUAUUAUUUUGUUUUUACAUAACAAAAAUCAGUGUUCAUAGGUUCAAUCCUUUUCCCCCUUGAUCAAUAGUUAAUGAAAAUAGUUGUAUUUGUCAUUCAAAAGCUGCUUUUGUUUUUCUCUCAGCAAAUUCAAAUUUUAAGGGCAUGUAAAAUUAAAUCAA